AUGUCAUCAAAAGCUCCCGUAUACUUCUUCAGUCAUGGCGGUCCAACUGUCAUGUACGAUAAGGAACACCCCGCGUACUCAGUUCUGCAGAACAUCGGCAAGGAGAUUACCCACAAGGUGAAGCCAAAGGCGGUAGUUGUCUUCUCGGGUCACUGGGAAGGAAGCCGCAGCACCAUUGAAGUUAAUACCGCCGAGGAGACCGACCUGAUAUAUGAUUUCUAUGGCUUCCCGGCACAUUACUACAAGGCCGAGUACCCGAAUAAGGGCAACCCCGAGCUUGCGUUCCAGAUUCAGGUGCUUUUGGAGAGAUUUGGGAUUAAGUCCAAAGGGGUGACCCGCGGCUUAGACCACGGCGUAUGGGCCGGGUUCCACGUCGCAUUCCACCCGGAGCACAAUCCCCUAAAUUGUCCUCUGGUUCAAGUAAGCUUGUACCACAACGAGGACCCGGACAUGCACUAUCGUCUAGGUCAAGCGGUGGCUUCGUUGCGUGACGAGGGUAUUGCCAUCAUCGGUGCCGGUAUGUCGGUCCACAACUUGAGGGAUUAUAUGAUAUCGCGAGGGAGCCCACAGCCAAUGCCGUAUACGGUGUCGUUCGACGAGGCCCUCAAGGACGCGGUGGAGGCCGAGCCCUCGGAGCGGCAGUUCGCUAUGGCGCAGGUGACCAAGCGUCCGGACGCCAAGCAAGCUCAUCCGUGGAUGGAUCACUUGAUGCCUGUUUACGUCGCCGCCGGAGCCGCUGGGGAAGAUGCAGGAAAGCGAACAUGGACGCUGCACGAAGGAUCCAUGGCGUGGGCACAGUACAGAUUUGGCGAUCUUCAGACAACUGAUUCAAUGGCUAGGUCUUAG